GAGGCUGGGCCCGAGGGGCGGGGCUGGGGAGUGCGGACGCCCGGGCCUGGCGGAGUGCGCCUGCGCACGGGCUUGGCCCGGCGGGGGUGGGAACACUAGCGGAGCCGCGUUAAAGGCGCUCCCAGCCCCGCCCGCCGGUCCAGUGCUCGCAGUGCGCAGGCGCGGGGUUCUCUCCUUGUCAGUCGGCGCCGUGUGCGGGCUGGUGGCUCUGGGGCAGUGGCGGCGGCAGGACUCCGGCACCAUGAACGGCUUCAGCACCGAGGAGCGCGCCGCGCCCUUCUCCCUGGAGUACCGAGUCUUCCUCAAAAAUGAGAAAGGACAAUAUAUAUCUCCAUUUCAUGAUAUUCCAAUUUAUGCAGAUAAGGAUGUGUUUCACAUGGUAGUUGAAGUACCACGCUGGUCUAAUGCAAAAAUGGAGAUUGCUACAAAGGACCCUUUAAACCCUAUUAAACAAGAUGUGAAAAAAGGAAAACUUCGCUAUGUUGCGAAUUUGUUCCCGUAUAAAGGAUAUAUCUGGAACUAUGGUGCCAUCCCUCAGACUUGGGAAGACCCAGGGCACAAUGAUAAACAUACUGGCUGUUGUGGUGACAAUGACCCAAUUGAUGUGUGUGAAAUUGGAAGCAAGGUAUGUGCAAGAGGUGAAAUAAUUGGCGUGAAAGUUCUAGGCAUAUUGGCUAUGAUUGACGAAGGGGAAACCGACUGGAAAGUCAUUGCCAUUAAUGUGGAUGAUCCUGAUGCAGCCAAUUAUAAUGAUAUCAAUGAUGUCAAACGGCUGAAACCUGGCUACUUAGAAGCUACUGUGGACUGGUUUAGAAGGUAUAAGGUUCCUGAUGGAAAACCAGAAAAUGAGUUUGCGUUUAAUGCAGAAUUUAAAGAUAAGGACUUUGCCAUUGAUAUUAUUAAAAGCACUCAUGACCAUUGGAAAGCAUUAGUGACUAAGAAAACGAAUGGAAAAGGAAUCAGUUGCAUGAAUACAACUGUGUCUGAGAGCCCCUUCAAGUGUGAUCCUGAUGCUGCCAGAGCCAUUGUGGAUGCUUUACCACCACCCUGUGACUCUGCCUGCACAGUACCAACAGAUGUGGAUAAGUGGUUCCAUCACCAGAAAAACUAAUGAGAUUUCUCUGGAAUACAAGCUGAUAUUGCUACAUCAUGUUCAUCUGGAUGUAUUAGAUGUAAAAGUAGUAGCUUUUCAAAGCUUUAAAUUUGUAGAACUCAUCUAACUAAAGUAAAUUCUGCUGUGACUAAUCCAAUAUACUCAGAAUGUUAUCCAUCUAAAGCAUUUUUCGUAUCUCAACUAAGAUAACUUUUAGCACAUGCUUAAAUAUCAAAGCAGUUGUCAUUUGGAAGUCACUUGUGAAUAGAUGUGCAAGGGGAGCACAUAUUGGAUGUAUAUGUUACCAUAUGUUAGGAAAUAAAAUUAUUUUGCUGAAACUUAGGAUAUUUUUAUUUUAAUCUGAAGCCAACAUUAAGUAGGUAUGGGUAUUUUCUGGUGUUUGUUUUCUGUUGAGAGUCUUAUAAUUCAAAUUUAUAAUUAUUAGACAAAGAAAUCGCUUAUAUUUAUAGUACUCUUGAUACUGCGCUCUAGUACUUAAGUCCUAGCAUACCAUUCUAAAGCAAAAGCUUUUAAAUUUAUAUCACAUUAGCAGAAAGCACAAUGUUGCUCACCCUUUGAAGUUAUAUAUUAAUAGUUAUUUUUCUACUUCUUCAGUCAACUAAUUGGACCCUUAAGUCAUUUAUAUUAUAUUCUAAGUUAUCAGCUGAACAAACCAGUUUGAAUGCCAGCCCAUCUUCUUACUAGCUCUGUAAUAUUAAGUCAGUUACCAACCACUCAACUUCAGUUCCUUCAUCUGUGAAACAGACAUUAUUCAUGUAAUGGCAUGUAGUAUGCAUUCAGAUUCUUUUUUUUUUUUUUUGAAACAGGGUCUCACUGUCGCCCAGGCUGGAGUGCAGUGGUGUGAUCUCGGCCCACUUCAACCUCCGCCUCCUGGGUUCAAGUGAUUCUCCUGCCUCAGCCUCCCAAGUAGCUGGGAGUACAGGCAUGCACCACAACGCCUGACUAAUUUUGGUAUUUUUAGUAGAGACGGGGUUCACCACGUUGGCUGGGCUGGUCUCGAACUCCUGUCCUCAAGUGAUCCACCCACCUCGGCCUCCCAAAGUGCUGGGAUUAGAGGUGUGAGCCCCUGUGCCCAGCCCAUUCAGAUUUUUUUAAUGAAAAUUUUAUUGAGAUGAAUAUAGAUUCACAUGUAGUUCUAAAAAAGUAAUUCAGAGAUAAUUCAAAUAAUUCUGUAUACCUUACCCUGUUUCUCCUAAAAGUAAGAUUUUGUAAAACUAUAGUAUAACAACCAGGACAUUGACUUUGAUAUAAUCCACCAGUCAUAUACAGACUCCAAGUCCACCAAUCAUAUUCAGACUUCCUAGUUUCACUUGUAUUAAUGAAUAUUUGUAUGAUGUAUUCUAUAUAAUUUAUAAUUCUAUAGUGUAAUCACCUAUGUAAGUUUAUGUAUCCUAUAAGAUAUUGAACAGUUUCAACACCACAAGAUCUCUCGUGUUGCCCUUUUAUAAUCACACCCACCUCCCCCCUGUCUUCUGCACACCACCAUCCUUAACCCCUGGCAACCACUAAUCUGUCCUCCAUUUUUCUAUGAUUUUGUCAUUUCAAGAAUAUUAUAUAAAUGGAAUCAUACAGUA